AGAGUUAAGACACAAAAACAAGAUAGAUAAUUACCGUGACCACCUUCCAUGGCGGAAUCUUCUGAACCACCCUUGCCGCGGCGCAGACCACCACCCUCCGACGAAGACAGAAUCAGCCACCUCCCCGAUGUGCUCCUCCUCCAAAUCCUCUCCCUGCUCCCCACCAAGCAGGCCGUCAUCACCGGCAUUCUCUCCAAGCGGUGGCGCCCGCUGUGGCCUGCCGUCUCGCUCCUCGACUUCGACGACGAGUGCUCGCCGGAGCCCCGCCACGGUGACGCCGGUUUCGCGGAGUUCGUCUACUCGGUGCUGCUCCUCCAGGACGCGCCCACGAUCGAGCGGUUCCGCCUCCGGUGCCGCAGCCCGAACAGCUGCGUGGGCCACAUCCCCACGUGGCUGUGUCACGUGACCCGGCGCAGGGUGGAGCACGUGGAGCUCUCGCUCUCGCUCUCGCGCUACGUGGCGCUCCCGCGGCAGCUCUUCAACUGCGACACCAUUUCGGUGAUGAAGCUGAACGGCGUGUACUUCAACGUGUUGGCUUUGUUUUCGGUGCGUUUGCCUCUGCUGAGGGUUUUGCACGUGGGGGAUAGGGUUCUGUUUGGGUGCCAUGACUACGUGGUGAAGCUUCUCGCAGGGUGCCCCAUGCUUGAGGACUUGGUGCUUGAAUCCACCUAUGUAGACGCUUGUGGAACUGAUCUUUGCUUUGACGGGAAUUUCUUGCUUAAUUUGAACCACUUGUCGCGCGCUAAAAUUGGGUUUUCUUGGAAGGAGGGGUGCCUCAAGUCCAUGCUUCUUGUUUUUCAAGCGCUAUGUAAUGUUAGGUGCCUCUCGCUUUCACAUAACACUGUUGAGUGUCUGAAGGAUACUUCUGCCAGUGAUAUUCCAGUGUUUGACAAUUUAAUCCAGCUGGAAAUUUCAUUUGGAAACUAUUCAUGGGAUUUGUUAGCAAACUUGCUUCAACGUUCCCACAAGCUUGAAGUUCUUAGGAUUUAUAAGGAACCACAAAAAUAUGCAAAGGGACAAGAGUUCAGAUGGAACCAUCCACCACUUGUUCCUGAAUGCCUUUUGUUACAUCUCAAAACGUUCUGCUUUAAAGAAUAUCAAGGAAUGGAAACUGAGCUGGAUUUUGUAGGUUAUAUUAUGCAAAAUGCCAGAGUGUUAGAGGCAAUCACAAUCCACAUAUCAAUUUCCCUACGUUCAGAGGAAAAACUCCAAAUUCGCAGACAUUUAUCCAUACUUCAAAGGAACUAUGAAACUUGUCAAAUUGUAUUCCAUUGAAUCUCAUGUCUUAAAAAGAGAAGGAAAACAAAGUCCCAGCAAUUUCAAGUGUAAAAAUCAUUAUCUUUUAGAGAUGUUGUGCAACAAUUUGUAGUCAUCAAGAUUGACAGAGCCUAUUUUGAUAUGAAGAACAUUUUGUUUCAAGGGCUUCAGCUUUUGUUUUGGUUUUUAAUACUUUUUGGUCUCUUUCUUAUUUAUUGACUUAUUGUGAUUACCUCUAGUUGGUUUAGUAGGAGGUGAACACAUGGCAGGCUAAAACUCACCAUUAUAUGUUGUAACAUGAAAUACUUGUCCCAUCUGAAGCAGUCAUCUAACACGCUGCUUUGAGUGAAAAAUCUAUAACCAGAUGCUAUUUUGUUUGUGUAUAUACUUAAAAAGUUCAUAGCA